AUGUCUGAGUCCUCCACUCCCCAUGGUGAUACAAGCCCAGUUCAGGCCACACCGCAACAAUCGCUCAACCGGUCCUGUGAAUCUUGCAGAAACCUCAAAGUUCGCUGUCUCCCCAACCCAACCACACCAAGCCAAUGUCAACGAUGUGCCAAAGGCAACAAGGCCUGCACCUUUGUAGCACCACAAAGGCGGCGGCCGCGUAAACGCACUGACUCCCGGGUCGCUCAACUGGAGAAGGAGAUGCGUUUGAUGCGCACUCUGAUCAAAGAUAAGAUUCGCGAAGAAAGCGAGCCCGAAUCUUCUGAUGCCAGCGAUAAUUCUCAAGACAACGAGUCUGGCGAUAUGGAUUAUCAGGGUGCCUUGGGGUCCAUCCCGGACUCCGCCGGGGGCACUUCUGACUCCUCCCGUUUCAUGGACUACUCUACCGAAUUUUUGGGCACAUCAAACUCCGGAAUGCAUGGAAGUGGACCGCUCUCAGCGCCACUGACCCUGUCAGGGUUGCAUGCCAAUUUUCUCACUGCGCCCAGCAGACCCCGCGAUGACGAUGUUGUCGAUCGUGGCAUCAUCUCUCUCGAAGAUGCGGAGCAAUUGGUCGCUUUUUUCAUUCAUGAACUGUCAACCAUUUUCCCAUUGGUCAUACUUCCACCAACUACUACGGCAGCACAGCUGCGACAGACAGCGCCGGUGCUCUUCCUUUCUGUGAUUUCUGCAGCUGCGAUCUCCAUCGAUGCAGACUUAGCCGGCAUUCUCAAUCGUGAGAUGGUCCGGUUAUAUGCAGAUCGGUUCUUCAUCGAGGGCGAAAAAUCACUAGAGCUGGUGCAGGCACUCUUGCUAAUGAUGAUCUUUUACUUCCCGCCGGGUUCGCCAUUGAAGCUGCAAUUUUACCAGUAUGCACACAUCGCAUCAACGAUGGCACUGGAGAUUGGACUCGCGACGAAACGGCGCACCACGCAGAAUAAUCCUGAUCGCAAAAGGUCAGGCCCACACGAUGAGCUUAUGGCGGAACAGGCUAGAGCUGUUCUUGGAUGUUACCAUUUAUCUUCCACUGUUGGGAUGAAGACUCGUCGACCAAGUUUGCUCCAGUUCAACGAUUGGAUGGCGGAGUGCGUUUUCAUGUUGGAGAAAUCACCUCACCAGACAGAUCAACGUCUAGCUGUGUGGUUCCAACUGCAGCGGAUCACCGAUGAAUCCCUAUCUUCAUUUGGUCUUGAUGACACUAGCUCUUUGUCGACAUUGACUGAAUCGCGAGUUCAAGCCGUGCUGCGAUGGUUCGAUAAGCAAAUGGAAUUAUGGAGAAAAAAUACUCCCAAUAAUUUGCUCACAGUGCCCAUAAUCCUCGAAUAUCGAUCCACCAUUCUGGCGAUGUACGAACUCAGCGUAGGGGCAGGCUAUCGAGAUCCUGACGCCGUCAAGCGACGAGACUUUACCCUCCCCAACUUAGAUCAAGACGGCAAUCUACAAAAUCCCAUCCCAAUGAGCGUAAUCCGCAUCGAUAUCACUGUGAAAUGGAUGAACGCAGCACAUGAGGUCCUAGAUGCCCUCUUGACAUGCAGUGCAGAAACGAUGCGUCGGUUCCCGAACCUGAUGUACACGCGGUUCACGAUGGCAAUGACCUCGUUACUGAAGAUCCAUUUCUCGGUACGAACUAGUACCCUCGGCGAAGUCGUCACACCCGAGACUGUGAAUGCCAGCUAUUACCUCAACGCGAUGUCCAAUAAACUGGCCGAGGCGAGCGGUGGUGGUAAAUAUAAGAUCCCCACUCGGUGGUACCACGUGAUAGCAGUCAAAAGCCGGGAUUGGUACGAACGCCUAGAGGAACGCUAUUCGGGCUCUUCCUCAAAUAGAACAAGGGUGGUUGGCGGGGACUCAUCAAACCCCACUGAACGAACGACCUCGACACAGGUGGCUUCACAUAAUCCGGCUGUACAUACGGACUCUGCCUUCCCCGUGACACCGAGUGUAUCACACAUGGCGCCAAAGAUCGAUAAUGGAUACGUCGCUAUGAGCGGCGCGGGUAUGUGGCCUAUCGAUGUGAGUCACCAAACUCCAUUCUUCCAGUCUCUCAAUGGUGGGUAUUCCCAGCAGGCAGCUUCGCUCCCGCAGCAAUUUGCGUUUGAUCCAUCAAGGCUCCCAUUUCAACAAAUUUCUGGCGCCAGCAUGGAGCUAGAUGGAUGGCUACCCGACGGAAGCAUUUUUGGCAUGCCACCUCUGCCUGAGUUUUGA